GAGGAAGCUUCAAAAUUAAAACACAUCAACUUAAAAUAAAAGCUAAAGUUAAAGAGUUGUUAAUUUUAAAAUAGUUUGUUAUUUUUAAAUUAUUCUGAAGCCAUCGUUACUAAGUUAAACAACAAAGAAGCAGUUCAUUAAAAAUAAACUUUAAUUGAAAAUUAAAAUAAUAAUACAAAAAAAAAAAUAUGUUUAAACAAACAAUUUCUUUGUUGGCCUUAAUUUUAGCCUUAUUUGCAGUUGUUAUUUGUAAUGGCCAAAACCCAGUGGAAAAGUUAAAAGUUUUAGUUUUAUAUGAAUCUUUAUGCCCGGAUAGUGUACGUUUUAUGGGCCGUCAGUUGGGUCCCAGCUAUGAUGAAUUAAAGGACUAUAUUGACAUAUCGUUAGUGCCAUUUGGUAAAUCUCAGUCCAAAAACAAUGGCGCCCAAUUCUUUUGCCAACAUGGUCCUCGUGAGUGCUUUGGCAAUCGCCAGCAAUCGUGUGUUUUGCAACAAACCAAAGAUCAAUUGAGUCAAGUUAAAUUUGCCGUUUGCCAAAUGACCAUACCCGAUAAUUCUAAUAUUCAAUUUUGCGCUGAAUCGGUUGGCCUCUCAAGUGACAUUGACACUUGCAUGAAUACCGAAUUGGGAACUUUGCUGCAAUUGGAAGCUGAACGCACAACUCACUCAUAUGGCAUAAGUUUUGUGCCCACCAUAAUAUACGAUGGCGUUUUCGAUCAACAAUUACAGGACCGCUCGUUACGUGAUUUCCGCGGUACAGUUUGUGGUUUGUUACAAAAAAGGGGCACUAUUUCCUUCCACGAUGCAGUGUGUCAAUAACAUCUCUUACAAUCUGACUGUUUUUUUUUGCAAAAAAACACAACGCAAUUUAAGUUAAAAUCCAGUUCUCUUUUUUUUGAAGUUUUCUUUUUGUAAUUGUUAACACAAAAAUAAACAAAAAAAAAUUAUUUAAGACAAA